CUUGUCACAACAUGAAAGGUUAGAUAAGAAAGAUAAGAAUGUCAUUUUACUCUCAAUCUUUGCAGAAUAUAUAAAGAACAACUCUUCCUUUUCCAAAGAUAAAAGUAUCCACAUAAAAUAAAAAUCAAUUAAAGCGCAAAAACUGUUCCCAGAUACAAGAACUUUCAAACCCUUCCUUGACUCUUCACCUUCAGCGAGGUUCAUUUUAUUUGCCGUUAUUGUUUCGGGACACAAUGGGGAGGCUUUGAGGAAGUCUGUAAAAAAUGUCUGGCAUCCUGAGUUCAGAGCACAAAGGUCUGCUGCCUCCUCGGGCUUUGGAAAGGAGGCUGCACUCCGGCAGGGGAGGGACCUGCGGACCUGCAGUAUAAACGACCGGAGAGCCAGGAGCUCAGCAGAGACGUCUGGAGCGCCUCUCCACGUCUCACGUCAGCUGACAAGCAAUCAGUGAGCUGUACGGCGGUGGAACUGCACGCCAGGGAGAAAUUCUGAGGCUCGCCGACCAGUGGGCCACUGGUGUCCAUCUGGUUUGGGGAUUAAGCUGUCAUCGAACCUAUGAGGACCUAAGACACCCUACAAACACCAAACCAAAAGGGCUUCUACAAAGAUGGACUCCGUCAAUCUCUGCACAGUGACGAAGGAAAAUGGCUUCAGUCAACCCUGUGGACCGGUGGCAGGUAUUUUUCUGGAGAAAGCAAAGGAGAAGAUAACUGUCUAUGAAGCCUUCAAGAAGCGUUUGCUGAAACCAGGAACAGCUUUAGCCUUGCUUGAAGCACAAGCUGCCACCGUGGGUAUCGUAGACCUGGUAAACAACCGAAUGCUGGCCGUUGCUGAUGCAGUUAAAGAUGGAGUAGUUGGACCAGAGAUGAAGGAGAAACUCCUAAUAGCCUCAAAAGCUAUCACUGGGUAUGUAGACCCCUAUACUGGCCAAAUGAUAUCUGUAUAUCAAGCUAUGCAAAAAGAUUUAGUUCCAAGAGAAUAUGGAUUGAGGUUGCUAGAAGCACAGAUAGCAACAAAGGGUUUGUUUGAUCCCUUGGAGAGAAAAAACAUCUCAGUUGACCAUGCAAUUCAGAAGGGCAUCUAUGAAAAAGGUCUGCUUUCUGACGAAAUGUCUGAGUUGAAGGUGUUUUACAAUCCAGGCACGCAAGAAACCCUUGAUUAUCGAAACCUCCUGGACAAAUGCAUUGUGGAUUCUGACACAGGCCUCUUGCUUCUUCCCGUUUCAACUGCCUUCAGAGGUCUGCGCAAAGGCAUUUCCUCUAGUGAGUUGUUUGAAUCGAAUAUUAUUGACAAGAAAACAUAUGAUGACCUGGAAAAUGGAAAAACCACAACACAGGAUGUGAUGCUGUUGGAAACAGUGAAAGAAUUCCUGGAAGGUAAAGGCAGCAUUGCAGGCAUAGCUAUUCUCUCAUCUAAUCAAAGAAUGAGCAUUUAUCAAGCUAUGAAGCAGGGAAUUUUGAUGCCUGGAACAUCACUUGUUCUUCUGGAAGCCCAAGCAGCAACUGGUUUCAUGAUUGAUCCUGUGAACAAUAAGAAAUACACAGUGGAUGAGGCUCUCAGACACAAACUCAUUGGCCCAGAAAUACAUGCAAAACUACGUUCUUCUGAGAAAGCUGUGAAUGGCUACAAAGAUCCGUAUUGGGAGACCAUUUCCCUGUUUCAAGCAAUGUCAAAAGACCUCAUUGUUAAGGAACAUGGGAUACGCUUGUUGGAGGCACAAAUUGCUACAGGUGGGAUCAUAGACCCCAUCUACAGUCAUAGGCUUCCAAUAGAAGUGGCCUUCAAAAGAGGAUACUUUGAUGAGGACUUGAACAAGAUUCUGGAGGAUGCAGGAGAUGACACAAAGGGUUUUUUUGACCCCAACACUGAAGAAAAUUUGAGCUACCUUCAGCUAAUGGAACGAUGUGUCACUGAUCCUGCUACUGGGCUGUGCCUCCUCCCACUGUAUGAUAAAACAAACACAACCAAUUCAAGCUUCAUUGAUUACAAAACCAAAAUGAUCUUCAAGGAGGAGAAGGUAAAGGUGCUGUAUGGAAAGUACGCAGGAAUGACAGUAUCCCUCUGGGAACUGCUGAUGUCUGAGUUCUUUGAUGAAUCUCAAAGGCAAGACUUCUUUCAAAAGUACAAAGAUGGGAAACUUAAUAUUAAGACAAUUACUGAAAUGGUUUUAAAACUCAUAGAAAAAUCUGUAAAAACAACUGAAGUUGUCUUUGAAGGCAUCAGGGAAAAUGUUACUGCUGAACAGCUUGUAACAGCAGAUAUCAUUAGUGAGGAAGUUCUGGAAGAUCUGAAAAAAGGGAAAAAGACUGUGAAGGACAUCACUGAAGAUGAAAAUGUCAAUGUCUACUUAAAGGGAAAAGACAGCAUUGCUGGCAUUUUGCUCCCAGACUCCCAAGUUAUCACCAUAUACCAGGCCAAGCAGAAAGGAAAGCUGUUGCCAGGAACUGCUCUGAUUCUUCUGGAGGCACAAGCAGCAACAGGUUUUAUUAUUGACCCAAUUGGAAACAGAAAGUUUUCAGUGGAUGAUGCAGUCAAAGCAAAGAUCAUUGGGCCGGAAUAUUGUCAGAAGUUGCGCUCAGCUGAGAAAGCAGUCACUGGAUACAAAAAUCCAAACAAUGGAAAAACAAUCUCUUUGUUUCAAGCAAUGCAAAAUGACCUCAUCCUUAAAGAACAUGGAAUUCGUCUUUUGGAGGCACAGAUUGCAACUGGGGGAAUCAUUGACCCAAUAAACAGCCAUCGCAUCCCUGUCCAUGUGGCUUAUGACAGAAUGUACUUCGAUAGAGAGAUGAAUGAAAUCCUUAGUGAUCCAAGUGAUGACACAAAGGGCUUCUUUGAUCCUAAUACUCAUGAGAACCUGACAUAUUUGCAGCUCCUGGAUAGAUGUGUAACAGACCCCAGUACAGGCCUUGUCCUCUUGCCUCUUACCAGUAAAAGUAAGAAGACCAAUCAAGAUGACAGUUUACGUGAAACUUUCAAAGCAAAAACUGUUGACAUCAAGCACGGCAGAUUCAAGGGCAAGCAUGCAACUUUGUGGGACCUUAUCAGUUCAGAGUACUUAUCUGAAGACAAAAGACAGGAGCUUUUUAAGCUUUUCAGGUCCAGGCAAAUUACAAUUGAACAACUCACAGUCACAGUUGUUGAAAUUAUUGAGACAAAAGAGAUAAAGCAACAAAAAGGGCUUAGCUUUGCAGUUCUGAGAGGAGAAAUCUCUGCUGUGGAUCUUCACGAACUUGGAAUUGUUGAUGAUAAAAUGUAUGCCAGUUUAAUUGAGGGCAAGAUGACAAACACUGAUGUGCUAAAGAUAGACAGUGUGAGGUCCUUUUUGCAAGGGAAAAGUUGCAUUGCUGGACUAAUACUCCAACCUUCUAACAAAAAACUAAGCAUCUAUGAGGCUCAAAAAAUGGGCAUUCUUACACCUGGCACUGCCUUGUGCCUUCUGGAAGCACAAGCUGCCACAGGGUUUAUUGUUGAUCCUCUGAAGAACCAAAAACUUACUGUGGAACAAGCUCUAAAAGAAAACAAAUUUAGUCCACAAAUGUAUGAAAAGCUUUUGUCUGCAGAAAAAGCAGUCACUGGGUACACAGACCCAUACACGGGUCAAAAGAUCUCAUUAUUCCAAGCCAUGAAAAAGGACCUCAUCAUCAAGUCGCAUGGUAUUCGCUUACUCGAAGCCCAAAUUGCAACAGGAGGAAUCAUAGAUCCUUUAAAAUGUCUUCACUUGCCCUUGGAGGUGGCAUUCAAGAAGGGAUAUUUUGAUGCAGAGCUGAAUCGAAUUUUGGAAGAUCCAACAGAUGACACAAGGGGCUUUUUUGACCCCAAAACAAAAGAAAACCUGACUUACAUGGAGAUGUUGAGCAGAUGUGUAAAAGAUGAAGAAACAGGACUUCUGUUAUUACCAUUGAAUGACACACCAAAAUUGGUUUCAGUAAAGCAGAUAACAUAUACAGAAAUGGAAUCAAAACAGGAGCUUGAAAAAGAAUUUGUCAAAAUAUCGAUGGGGCGCUACUCUGGAAAAUCUGUUUCACUUUGGGACUUGAUACAUUCAAGCUACUUCACUGAGGACCAACAACUUGAAUUAAUUGAAAAAUAUAGAACAAGACAAAUCACCAAGUCAACACUAAUUACACUGGUGAUUUCCACAAUUGAGAAACUGGAAAAAAGUGAAGUUUCCAAAACAGUGAUGGGGAUAAGAAAAAAUGUAUCUGCCCAGCAGCUACUGGAUUCUGACAUCAUUGAUGGAGACACAGUUAAAAAAAUGAAUGACGGCAAACUCACUUUUGAUGCAUUAACCCAAGAAGAACCCAUAAAGAGAUACUUGAAAGGAACAGGGAGCAUUGCUGGAAUCAAAGUUUAUCCAACUCAGGAAGUGGUUAGCUUUUAUGAAGCAAAAGAGAAAGAUUUGUUGACUCCUGGAUUUGCACUUUUGCUGCUCGAAGCGCAAGCUGCCACUGGAUGGAUAAUUGAUCCAAAUAAAAAUAAGUUCUACUCUGUUGAUGAAGCUGCAAAAGAAAAAGUAAUUGGACCAGAUGUACAUGAGCAGCUUCUCUCAGCUGAACGAGCUGUCACUGGCUAUAAAGAUCCAUUCACAGAUGCGACAAUAUCGUUGUUUGAGGCAAUGAAUGAACAGCUUAUUGAGAAGAGAGCAGGACUGUGUCUUCUUGAGACACAAAUAGCAACAGGAGGAAUAAUUGACCCAUAUCAAAGUCACCGGCUGCCAGCUCAUGUUGCUAUAAUGAGGGGAUAUUUGGAUGAAAAAACACACAAAGAAUUGUUGACCCCCACUGGUGAUGCAAUGAGGUUCUUUGACCCUAAUACCAAAGAAAAUCUAUCGUACAACGGGCUUAUCAGUCGAUGUGAAAAAGAUCCUAAAACUGGACUGCUGCUUCUGAAGCUAAACAAAGAAGGGCCAAAUGAAUUCCACACUGAAAAGCAAGUGGAGCUUGCAUUCCAGGGCAGAAGCUUUAAACUGAAUGCAGGACAAUUUAAAAACAAAGACAUGACGCUUUGGGAGGUGUUGCUCUCUGAAUACAUUUCAAACGAAAAAAGAGAGCAACUCAUACAACAAUACAGGACAGGUGCGAUCACAAUUGAGAAAAUAAUAGAAACUGUAACAGUAAUAGUUACUGAACAGGAAUCAAAACAAAAAAAAUUUUAUGGACUAAGAAAGCAGGUCUCAGCCAGUCAGCUGUUUGAGUCAAAGAUCAUCUCGAAGGAACUAUUGAUUAAGCUCUUACGGGGAGAAAUAACUGCAGACAAGGUGUCUGAAAUGGAAUCAGUGCAAAAAUACUUGGGAGCAACCAAGUCCAUAGCAGGUGUAAAAAUUGAGUCAACGGGACAAGUUAUGAGUAUUUAUGAAGCUAAAGGCAAAGGCUUAUUGACUCCUGGGACCUCUCUGGUUCUGCUGGAGGCCCAAGCUGCUACAGGCUUUGUCAUUGACCCAGUAAACAACAAGAAGCUCUCAGUGGAGGAAGCUGUAGCUCAAAGAGUAGUUGGAAACGAAUGGAAGAACAAGCUGCUUUCCGCAGAGAGAGCAGUCACAGGAUACAAAGAUCCCUACACUGGAAACACAAUUUCCUUGUUCCAGGCUCUGAAGAAGGACCUCAUUGUGAAAGAUCAUGGCAUUCGUCUACUCGAGGCACAGAUUGCCACAGGAGGCAUUAUUGAUCCAGUCCACAGUCACAGAGUCCCCGUUCAAGUUGCGUAUAAAAGAGGCUUCUUUGAUGAAGAAAUGAACCAGAUACUCUCUGACCCCGACGAUGACACAAAAGGCUUCUUUGAUCCCAAUACUCAGGAGAACCUCACCUAUCUUCAGCUGAUUGAAAGGUGCAUUACAGAUCCCGUCACAGGAUUGUGCUUACUUUCUCUUCAAAAAUGAAUGAUAUCUAUCAAACACAGUAUCACAUUUAGGUCAAUCUCACAUCAGUAUUAGAAGUAAGAAAUUAUUGUUUUUAGAAAAAUAUUUUCAAAGUAUUUAGAAAAGUGAUGAAAUUUAACUCAAAAAUUUUAGAAUUUAAAAAAAAAUAUAUUAAUUGAUCACAAUUUCAGCUACUCACUUACAUCUAGAAUCCAGACAAUACAAUACAAUACAAACACACAACACUACAAAUUAUCUUUACAUUUUUUCUUAAAUCAUUUUUUUUUCUAGAAACACCCAUUAGUAUAGGUGUUAUGUGCUUGUUUAUUUUUUUUAAACUAAUCUUUUCAAUACAUUUUUUUAAACUUCUUUGUUUUAAUCAGUUUUUGCAGUACUGGCCUGAUGAAAAUUAUUUGGUCACUUUUUGAGUUACACCAACUAUCUGAACUUCAAAUACUUUAUUGUAAAGAUAUUUGCACAACUGAGGAAAUCCCUUUUUUUUAACAUAAAAUCCUUUAUUUUGCUGAAAUAUUUUCAUGUAUUACUUUAAUAAACAACCGUUAUGUGAAAUGAUAACAUGCUUUUAAGCCCACUUGGUCUGAUGUUACAACGGUACAUCAAAUGAAUAAUCUUUUUGUGUAAUGGAUGGAACUUGGUCCAAAAAUACUGUGUUGUCGUUGCAAAGCUGUAAACCUUUUACUUCUUCAAUAAAGAAUAUCAAAUCCUGCA